CAAUCUAUUUAUUUAAUCAUCUAUUUUGGUGCGGGUGGUUGUUAUCGUGCAAGAAGCCUAAAACAAAGAAUCGCUACUUGUGAUGAUUAUUUCUGAUGAUUUGUCCUUUCUUUAUAUAUGUAGAUGUCUCUUUAUUUUUGUUUUUACUUUUCUUAUGUCCGAUUACUUUCUUUUAGCUUUGCGUGUAGAUGAUGAAAGGCUGGCACCGAUUGUCACUGUAUUCAACAAAUUAAAAAAUAAGCUAACAGAAGAUGGUUAUCGUCAAGCCGUGGGUCUCUUACUGCAAUACAACGCAUCAAAGAAUACCGAGAAACUCUACGAUAACAUCCUCGUUGAAAAUCGAUUACUACAUAUCCUAAGAGAAUACGACAGCCUCCGAUUCGAAUUGUUAGAUGUCUUACAUGAUAUGGAAAACAAUGACGAUCACAUUUUGAAUGCUAUACAACACAAUAGGAUUAUAAAAGAAUCAAUAAAUAAUGAAGGUGUAAGAAAAGAUGACAUGCAGACGGGUAAUCACUUGCUCUGCUCAUCAUCAAAUACCUAUGACGUUGCAGUGCAUGUCAGCGAGGACGACACAAAAGAAUGUCCAUCCCUAGAGUUUGGCCUAAGCAGACAACUGUAUCAGAAGGUCCCGACAUCACUUCAUCAUUCGAACGUUGCAGACUCGUCAGCAUCUGAAGAAGAGAUGCGAGACGUUGCUCCCUCAGACGAACCAAAGAAAGAGGUGUUAAUAGUUGAACACUUUGACGAGCCAACUGAAACAUUAGGUGUCAACGACAGAAGCGACAAAAGCAGCACCAACGCGACGAAAAUGGUUUCUGCUAAAAGAGGCAGCAGCAAGCGUAAAGCGUUAAGCCGUGACGUGUCUGGUGAUGAAAGUGCUGAGGAAAUUAGUAUCGGAGAGACGGGGGUAGAUGAAUCAGGUUCUAUUGGGGAAAGUGUUAUAAUGAGGCGUGAGAGCGAGAUGGGAGGUAGAAGUAGGAAACGCACGCGGCGCCUCGGAGCGCGGGAGGAUGAUAUGAUGCUCAAGAAAGUCGGAAGUCACUGCAUCGUAAUAGGGGUUAAAGAACAUGCGAUGACGACCGAUAGUAGUGAUAACAACACACAGAGCGAGACAGAGACCAUGGGUAGCGAGCCCAAAACCAGUCAGGAGGAUGACGAGGAGGGUGUUCUCGUCAUUGAUGAAAAGAAGCCGUCAUCAUCGUUGAAAUCAAAGAAGAAGAAGAGACACCGAUCGGGAAAACCGGCUGCGAAUCUUGUGAAAGUGAGCGCCUUGUGCAGGGGAGCAUCGAUGCUGCAGAAAUGCGAAAUGCGCAACAAGACAGGGGAGAGAAUGGAAGAAGAUAGACCACAAGCGGUGCUGGAAAGAGGGAUUCGUAUAGCACGCAGUCAGAAUAAUAACACUAAUAACUCGUGUAGUGCGUCGGAGGUUUCCGACGAAGAUGUUCUAAACACUUACCCCGAUGUCCACCCACGUUCUGAGGAUUCAUCUUUCGAUAAGUUGAUCCGAUGUAAGUCAGAUGAUGAGAGAACGGUUCUUGACAUUCUUAGCUUGGCUGAUUCCCAGAAUCACAGAUCGGAGAAACACGCAAGUCCAGGUUCCAAUCAACAAAAUAAACAGCUCACUCGGUAUCAUCCGAUGCACUCAUGUCCUGACAGGUCUACAAGUAUCAUGCCAUUUACAAGUUAUUUAGGUCUCCAACCAUGUGGAUUAGAAGGCAAUAUUUUGUUUCCUAUACAAGAUGACACCUAUCGCCUUCUCAAGGAAGACAACAGUGAAAUGAGAUCUGCCUACAAUUCAGUCAAAUCGCGGCAGGGAUCAUCCCUUGUUGCGCCAAGAAAGCAGUCCAAGUCAACUCACCCGAAGUACAAUCCGAACUUUCCGUUCUCUACAACUGCAUUCUCUGCUAUGUCCUCAAUUGCAGAAGCGACCACUUUCGAAGGAAGCGACUACCUGCACAGCCAAGAGUCGAGCCAAGAUGAGAUCCUUGAAAACUCAGGAUGGGAAACUACAGCAUCUAGCCAAGAUAGCCGCUGUCUGGAGCGGGAGAGGGUGUACGGACUAGGAACCUUUGCUCAGGAUGACACCGAUGACAUUUCCUUCUUCAAUCGUCUUCUCAGAUCCCCAAGUCCACCCAGCUUUGGUGGAAAUAGUGACCUCUUGGGCAAGAAAAAAAGGCAUCGCCACAAGCCCAAGAAAGAGCGCAAACCCAGGAAGCCAAGAAGGAGUAGGAGAUUGAGAGGUAAACAUUCACAGGACGGUGACGGCGGCACCAAUGAUACUCUCCCAAAUAAUACUAACAAGGGAGUCACUGGAAGAGCGUGCACCUGUUGCUCGUAAUAAAGGCUUCUGAUGAUGACAUGGUUAACGGGGAGACUAAAUUUCAAGUAGGUCAACGCCACACGGGUUACUGAUUCCAAUAGAUCUUUAUUUCAAUAUCAAGUAACAUGAUCUGUCAUUCGAGACAACAUGAAAUAAGCUGAACUUGGGACAUUGUGGAAAAGAAAAUGAGAAUAAGAGAGAGAGAGAGGGAAGGGGAUAGAAAGUGAUUCUAAGAGAGGGGGAGCGAAGUGGUACUAACAGAGAGAGAGAGAGGAAGAGAGAGAGAGAGAGAGAGAGAGAGAAGGGGGAAGGAA